CACAUUGCCAUUAGAGUGAGUCAUUUUAGGAAGUUCGGGGAAGGGUUAUAGAAAGAAAUACAGAACUGUUCCAAGGGAUAGCUGAAAUAAAUGUGUCUUGUGGAAGGGAUUCUAUAGAGUAGGCUAAGGUGGAAAGCAAACAAAGCUUCUGUCUGUGACUCACACGCAAAACGGGUCUAUUCUCCGUCAACUCUGUUUUGACAGCGAAAGUAGGUGUCCUGCUGACCUUUUUUUUCUCUUGAAGUUGGCUCUUGUAGCACACCCGAAUAGGCUAGCAGUGGAGGAAAGAACAAUAGCUGAAGUUAUUCUCAAGGAGAGAAUUAUUUUGGAGUGGACAAAAAAAAAAAUCGGCUUUACCUCUUGGUAAUUACCUUAAGUUAUUUCAUUUCGAAGAGACUGGAUUUAUUGCACUAAUAGCCAGGCUAUUUUGAGACUUUUGUGAGGGUUCUCAGUGUUUUAAAGACUGUUCAAGUCAACUGUUCGUUUUUUUGAGAGCGUCGGAGCUCAUCUACUGAAAUCGUCCUCUUUCCUGGAUCAUGUACCAGGACUACUCCGUGAACUACGACACCUCGUCCCGCGGCAGUAGCACUUCUCCGGCCCAGCCAGAGUCAUUCACAAGCGGCAGCCGCACGAUCGGCAGUCCAAUCUCUACCUCAAGCUACCAGAAAUACCGGGCAGACAUGCCUGGCUCUAGCAGUGCCUUCAUCCCCACGAUAAACGCCAUAACGACCAGCCAGGACCUGCAGUGGAUGGUGCAGCCCACAGUGAUCACCUCCAUGUCCAACCCUUACUCACGCUCCCACCCCUACAGCCACCACCUCUCCAACAGCCCCGGGCUCCUGGGUCACACUGCCCUCACCCGCCCGGGUGUCAUACGCUCUGUCGGGGACACCCGCGUACGACGAAGGAGAGAUGAGCAGCUUACCCCUGAGGAAGAGGAGAAGAGGAGGGUGAGGCGCGAGAGGAACAAAUUGGCAGCCGCCAAGUGCCGCAAUCGUAGACGAGAGCUCACCGAGAUGCUCCAAGGGGAGACUGAGGAACUGGAGGAAGAGAAGUCUGAUCUACAGAAAGAGAUAGAGACACUGCAGAAGGAGAAGGACAAGUUGGAGUUCAUGCUGGUGGCCCACAACCCCAUGUGCAAGCUGCCCCCCAACGAUCGCCACCAGAGGGGCCACCACCAGCAGUGUGCCCCUCUCCCUCUGACCAUGCGCAACAGUCUGGUUCCCCGAGGCCCCAUCAACCCCGUUGUGGUGAAGCAAGAACCUCAAGAAGACUACGUGGAAGGCAAGUCCCAGCGCUCUGUCAUUAAGCCUAUCUGUCUUGGGGGAGGUAGUGGGAUCUUCUGCGAUAGUGACAGCCUCAACACCCCGGUGGUGACAGCCUCCACCCCAGCAUCCACACCCAGCGCCCCCAGCCUCAUAUUCACCUACCCCAGCAUGCUGGAGCCCGAGAGCCCCUCGCCAUCCUCUGAGUCCUGCUCGAAGGCUCACCUGCGCAGCAGCAGCGGGGAUCAGUCUUCGGACUCCCUCAACUCGCCCACCCUCCUGGCCCUCUGAGCAGGGGCAGUUAUGGUGAGUUUGUGGGGAGGGUGAGCAGCGCCCCCUACUUGGCAGACAAAGCACACUAAACCUGGACCAAGCCAACCGUGAGCUGUGUUCUUGCCAUCAGGAACCCUCAAGGGCUAAGCCGCUUGUUUUUCUCAUGCGCGUCAGUGUGAUUUAAAUCAAAUAAAAUGUAUACCCAAAUGUGUGCACCUGUA